CGCCGGCCGCGCCCGCCGCGCCCGCCAUCAGCGAGGCCGAGUUCGAGGAGAUCAUGAACCGCAACCGCACCGUCUCGUCGUCGGCCAUCGCGCGCGCCGUCGCCGACGCCUCUGCUGGCGAGUACGCCAGCGCCAUCGAGACCCUGGUGACGGCCAUCUCGCUCAUCAAGCAGUCCAAGGUGUCGUCGGACGAGCGGUGUAAGAUCCUCAUCAGCUCGCUGCAGGACACGCUGCACGGUAUCGAGGCCAAGAGCUACGGCCGUAAGGAGCGAGAGCGGUCCAGGUCCCGGGACCGGGACCGCUACCACAGCAGCCGGCGCCGCGAGCGCUCGCGCUCCCGCGACCGCGAGCGUGACCGAUCGCGCAGCCGCGAGCGCUACGCGGACGAACGGCGCGACCGCGACAGGGAGCGCGAGAGCCUGUCCGCGCGCUACUACGACGACCGGUACCGGGAGAAGGAGCGGCGCGACGACCGAUCUCGCGACGAGCGCGAGGUGCACCGGCGUGACGAGCGCUCGCGGGACCGCGAUCGCGACCGGCGCGACCCGCACUAGGCGGCGCCGCGGGCCCGGCCGGCCGGCCGGCACGGCCCGCUCCGGCGGCCGCUCCUCUCUGUCUCCCUGCCCGCUGCUCUGUCCGUUUUAUUCAGGCGAGGCUGUGGAUGCCUGGCGAGGCCUUGCGCGGGCCAGGCAAGGCCUUGCGCAGGCCAGGCGCACGUAGGUGUCGAAAUAAACUUGUCAUUAAAACAACG